CUUUUUUCUGUGCAUCAUGAUAUUUAUCUUUGCAAAUAAACAGUCACUUCUAAAACCAAGUACGUCAAGACAUCGGUCCAAGAAAGUACGUAUAAAUAUACGUGAAUCGAUAAAUUUUCGGGUGAAAGCUGCGAUUAGAUUAGAGAAAUUGAAAUCAAAUAAAAGAAAGCUUCCCGAGAUGCAACUGUGCGUAGUUCAUCCUUUUUUUAUUUUUCUUGCAGAAUAUUACAUGUCUAAUCCAGAUUUGCUUCCAGAUCUACUAUCUGACUCAGUUCUAAAUGCCUUGUCACUUGAGACUUUAGUCAGGCAAGGAGCAGAAGCACGAAUCUAUCGCACUAAGUUGUUCCAUUCAACAUAUACUUUUCCAUGUAUUGUUAAAGAAAGAUUCGUCAAACGUUAUCGUCAUAGUACAUUGGAUGCCACUUUGUCAAUGCAGCGAAUGCGAGCUGAAGUCAGACAGAUGUUGCGUUGUAGAGAAGUAGGAAUAGAUGUCCCUCCAGUCCUUCUGGUUGAUGUUCGACGACGUCGGAUUUGGCUCGGUGAAGUUGGUCCAGAUGCUGUCACACUUCAAGACUGGUUUAAAAACUUAUCUUCUCUAGCAACUGCAUCAGAUUUAUGUACCAUGGAUAUCCAGGAGAAAACAGCUUCACGAUUGCGAAAUUUAACAACGGCAUUAGGUCGACUACUUGCUCAGCUACAUUCUAACCAUAUAAUACAUGGUGAUUUGACUAUGUCCAAUAUUCUGGUUCAACAGGUAGAUAAUUGUAACAAAGAAUCCGAUUUUCGAGUCGUUCCUAUAGAUUUUGGACUUUCAAGCUCUUCUUCUGGAUUAACCUCACAACGUUUAGCAGAAGAUAAAGCUGUAGAUCUGUAUGUGUUUGAACGGGCCUUAACCUGUGGCCUUGAUCACAAAGCCCUGUCAAAAAUUACCACUGACCACGCCGAUUUAAAUACUCCAGAAUCGCUUCUGUAUUUAAUUAUAAAGUCCUACCGGGAUAAUUAUGUAUCGACAAUACUGGAUGAUCAACAGAUAAAGUCUAAACAUGAUAAUGCAAAAUCAGGUGGUCAUUUGGAAAAACAAGAUCACGAAGUCAAAGAAAUUUUAAACAAAUUGGAGGACGUUCGACUUCGUGGUCGAAAACGUCUGAUGAUCGGUUGA